AUGAAACCUAACUUAUCCAGCCCUGCUGGAAUAACUGGUAGUUUUAAAGAAUUUUUGGUUUUUGCAAAUGGACAGAAAGAUUUACUGGAAAAGUCAUCGAAAGAAAUUUUUGAUUUGACAGCAGAAAUAGAUGAUUUAAAAUGCUUGUCAAUUUCUCGUAUGUCUGAUUUAUUAGUCAUCCUGUAUGAAGUUGACUUUGAUGUUCAAGUGACAAAUUAUGCCGAAGAAUUAUGUUUUUCACCUCAACCUGUCAAUCGUAUUGAAUUAUCACGUAUUGUGGUUCUCGAUAAUUGCUAUAGUGUAUUGAUCAAUAAGGCAAUGUAUGUAUUGAAAACGUCGAAAGAAAAAAUGUCGAAGGAAAAAAUAUCGAAGGAAAAAAAUGUCGACGGAAAAAAUGUCGAAAGAAUUAUGGGAAAAACAGAUGUAUUGGUGAUUAAAAUUAACUAUAAAAAAGUAACACAGUAA